ACUUUUACGGUUUCCUCUCCCAAUCUCUCAGUCACUGUUUGUUCACCAAAACCUAGAAAAACAGAGAAAGCGGCGUGCACCGGAGGGAGGCUCUAAAGCCAGCAGAGAGGGUGUUCUCGUUGGUGGUCGAACGGACGUUGGCGAUGACGGCUCUUUGCAGUUCUUUUCAUGUCCACAACUGCCCUGAUCUGGUGCUCCAUCACCAGUUCCGCAUCCGACGCCAUCGAUCCAGCGGAAAUCAGCAACGUUCCCUCAUACUGCCUCAUCCUUCCCGUUCAGAUCCAUCAUCGCCCAGAUCUGGUGCUCCGCCACCAGUUCCGCGUCCGAUCGAUCCAUUCUCCCUCCUGCUUUUUCAAUCGUUCCAUUAUUAUGCUUUUUCUUCCGGCGAGCGACGCCUACUCGAAGAACAAAGGAAAACAUAUUUGGGCAGUUAUUAAUUUCUACAAGUUGGCUUUCUCUUGGCGUAGUGUUUCCAUAAAGUGAUGCUUAAUUAUCAUUGUAAUUGUGUUGGUUCGUUAUCAAAUAUGCUCUGGAUCAAUUAUCAAAGAGGCAGAGAUUUGUAGUAGUGAUUAUUUAAUAUAGUACUGUAAUUGUUGAUUAGUUGUAAUUUUGUAGUUAUGAUUGGUUUUUGUAAAUACUAGCGUGGCGCCGGCCAUUUGGUCGGAGGAAGAUGAGGUAUGAAAUUUGAUAAUGUAAUGGGGUGUAUAGUUUAUUGUUGUAUAGUUAUUUUUGGAAAACACGUGAUAAAAUAUAGUGAAUUUUAGUAGGAAAAAGACAUGAAUGAUGCAACGAAUCCAAAAUCAGCCAUAUAAACCAAAAUCAAGUACCUGUUACCUUGUGAAACAAUAUUGUUUCUGUUAAUAUGAUGAGGUGGGGUAAGUUUUAUAGAAACCGAAUUCUAGAAAAUCGAAUUAAAAAUUGCCUAUCCGUCGGUUUUCGAGAAAUGAGCAUCUCACAAUCGUUGCUAGCUUUUACUCGGCCCGUUGGCCGAUUAAUUUGUUUUAUAAAACUUUCAUCUUGUCAUCAUUGUGCUUUCUGGUUUUUUGCCAAGCCAUGAUAAAAUCUAAAGAAAUCAAGAAUGCACAACAUGAUUUGGGAUAGGAACCACCGUUCCUGUAUCCCUAGAAAAUGGUGGCAAACGCAGACUCACCUGCCAAACUAGUUUUGAUUGAGAUUUUUAUCGGGUAUCAGGGAACCAUGUGAUUAUAAAUUAGACUUGAUCAAAACAGGCCAAAACUUGAAAUUCAGCCUGUUUGACCGACCCAUGCCAAACUCUAAUUAUUCUUUAAUUUUAAACUUUCUAUUUGAAAAUAAAAAAUAAUGAAAGAAAAGAGAUGACUACAAUUCGCCAUUUGCACAUCACUGAUUCGUGAAUAAAACUAUAGAAUUUCA